AUGAAUGCGAUGCUGAAUAUCAAGGAAGGAGAGUUCACGAGCACUAUCUAUGGAUAUAUUCAUGAGCAGAAAUUCAACGAGGUAAUACGAAUUCUACAAUAUCAACACGAGAGAAAUCCGAAGAACUUGGCGGCUUUGUCUCUCCUCGCCUACUGUUACUAUUACACUCAGGAUUUCAUGAAUGCGGCGGAUUGCUAUUCACAGUUGUCGUACAACUAUCCGAAUCACUCACAGUACAAGUUGUACCACGCACAAGCGUUGUAUAACGCGUUUCGCCCGGCGGAUGCGUUGGCCGUGAUUUCGAUGAUCCAAGACGAGACCCUUCUCAACGAGAGUGUCAAACUGGAAGCCGCCAUCAAAUACCAAGAAGACGACCUAGUGAACUGUAGGAUUCUUGUGGAGCAACUACCGGCCGAUGAUGCGGCGGUGUUGAUUAACACCGCCUGUAUCGACUAUAAAGAGGGCAACUACGAGGAGGCGCUGAAGAAGUUCAAUGAGGCGACCGAGUUUUCAGGUUAUCAGUCCGGUCUAGCAUACUCCAUCGCCCUCUGCCACUACCGUCGUCGUGACUAUGAGAGCGCUUUCAACCUGGUGGAUGAGAUUAUUAAUCGAGCGGUUAUCAAUAAUCCGGAAUUCAACAUUGGCCAAGGGCUCGAAGGGCACGACGGCAACUUUAUACAAAACUCGCAGAAACUUCACGAAUCCGCGAUAAUUGAGGCGUUUAAUUUGAAGUUUGCAAUGCAUUAUAGAGUGAAAGAUUUUAAGGCGGCAAAAGAGUGUCUGGAUGAUAUGCCGCCGAGAAAUGAGCAUGAUAACGAUCCGAUUACAUUGCAUAAUAUGGCCAUCUGCAAUGCCAACUCGGACUUUGGCGACAGCUCCGCCAAACUACAAUUCCUACUCGGCAUCAACCCAUUCCCCCAAGAAACUUUCGCGAAUUUACUGUUCCUUUACUGUAAAAACGAUUAUUUCGGGCUGGCGGCGGAUGUGUUGGCAGAGAACCCGAGUCACACGUUUUAUUGUUUGAAUGAGUACCAAUUCAACCUUCUCGAAGCCUUGAUCUACAUGCCAACCAACCCUGAAGAAAGUCUCAAAAAACUUGAAAAACUCGAGAAAGAGUGUCUCGAAAAACUGCGCAAGAUAGCAAUCGAGAUUCAAGUCAAAAAGGAGCAGAAUAAAACAGAAGACGAUAAAUCAUUGGAAAUGAGAAACCUUAUCGCAUCCUAUGAUGACUCCCUCGAACUGUAUCUACCAGUUUUGAUGACCUACGCGAAGCACUAUUGGGAUAAGAGGGAUUAUAAGGUGGUGGAGAAGAUUUUCAGAAACUCCGUUGACUUCUGUCAGAAUCACGAUACCUGGAAACUCAAUGUGGGUCAUACCAUAUUCAUGCAAGAGAAGAAAUAUCACGAAGCGACCGCUUUCUACGAGGCGAUUGUCAAGAAGAAAUAUGAUGAUAUUCUGGAAGUGCCCGCCAUGAUAUUGGCGAAUCUAGUCGUCUGCUAUAUCAUGACCAACCAAACAGACGACGCGGAAGCUAUGCUGAAACGAGUGGAGAAUGAGGAGGAGCAGGCGUUGCUAGUUAGACCCAACGAGAAAUUUUUCCACAAUUCGAUUAUUAGUUUGGUGAUUGGCAGCUUAUAUUGUAGUAAGGGAAACUUUGAGUUUGGCAUCUCCCGAGUGGUAAAAGCCCUCGAUCCACCCGAGAAAAAACUCGGUGUGGACACAUGGUACUACGCUAAGCGAUGCAUCGUCGCCGCGAUCGAGAUGAUGGCGAAGAACUUGUUGGUGAUGCGAGAUUCAGUGGUGAUGGAUGUGAUUCAGUUCCUGUCGAGUUGUGAGGUCCCCGGAAGAAAUAUUUAUACGGUACCGGAUGAUUUAUUCGAACAAGCUGGCGAGUCGAAGGUCAAGUGUAAUGUGACUUAUGAGGCGAGAAUGUUGAAGGCGGCGCUUUUGAUGGUUUUUAAUGAUUGA